AGAUAUCACAUCCGUAUACGAACGUUCACAAGCAUGAAAGCAGUUCUCUAUAAAACCGGUGGCGUUGAGAACCUUUAUCUCGGUACAGCCCCGAAGCCGACGGCCGGAAAAACUCAAGUGCUAAUCCGCGUGGAAUACACAGCGCUGAAUCGAGCAGACACUCUGCAAAGACGAGGACUCUAUCCCUCUCCUUCUCUACCUCCUGGGCAACCCGACAUUCUGGGGCUUGAGGUAUCUGGUGUGAUCGAGGAAGUCGGUGGCGAAUGUGCUGGGACAUGGAAGUAAGUUGCUUGUGGUUUAGUAUGUGAUAACCGUCAACUGACUGAUUUCAAAUAAAUAACAAAAAUGACUGUACAAAAUGAAUUUUCCUCACUUCUUCGGAGAAAUGUCGAGAGGUAUCAUUUUUUCUGAAUUGCAAGGCGUAUCAUUCAAGCUUGCAUUCCUUCAACAGCAACAAGCUCGCUUCAAUGAUGAAGCGAAGUGGUUGCCCUACAACCACUUCGAAAGAAUUAUUGAAAGAUCUUUAAAAAAAAACAGUUGGCGUUGCACACAAGAGAUCGUGCGAAUCGACGGAGGACAAUGGACGAAUUUUUCCAACGAAGUAUGUUUGCAUUCUCUUUGCGUAGCAUUGUACUUUAAACUUUGAAAGAUGGAGUCAAGAAACCAUAAUUAACUUGGUUCGGUAUUAGUUCGGUUGCAUCUAAAUACACGAAUGAGGCAAUCAAAAAGCAAAAAGGGACAAAAACGGUUUAGGAUGGAAAAGCUCACAACAGACAUACAGAUGUAUGGUGAUCUUGAAAAUAAGGGGCUAACUUUUUCUUAAACGAAUACAAACUAUAGCUACUUUAAUACUUGAACUCAUAACACAGUAGCCCUAUACCGUUUUCAGGAGGGUAAUGCGCCUGCAAAUACGGUUUUGACAAUGUGUUAUGAUAUUCCUGUACAAAGUUGACGCCAUAACUUACCGACUAAAUUCUUUUGGGAAUAACCUCGAAGUCACGAUUUGGACUACAGAAAACCGAAAAAGAGACUACCUGAUAAAAACAGCAUUGGAAAAAGAGACUUUUCAAAAAUUUUUUAGGCACUGAUGUUUUUAUUUUCCUUUUACAGGCAAGGCGACAAGGUUAUGGCUUUGUUACCAGGUGAUGAACGUGUUUUCUUCAUCAAAUUCUGCUUAUAAGCAAGUUAUAAUAAAGCCAACAAAAUAUUUGCUUUGAUGCUCCCAUGAUGCCCCCCUAGCUGAUCUCAAGAAACGCUCUAAUUCGGUCAGUCUUCGCACAAGUUCUCUCACUAUUACUCAUCUGCAGUUUUACGUAACUCGUCGCAAACCCCUGUCCUUUUCACUGCUAAACAGAGAUAAUCAUAUCAUGAAUUCUUGUUACCUCAAGCCCAGGUUAAGCCAUUUACAACGUUAAACGUUUGGUGUUGUAUUUACCAGGAGGAGGGUAUGCGGAAUAUGUUGCUGUUGAAGAGGUCCUUGUCAUGCCUGCACCUGAUUCUCUUGAACUUUCUGAUGCGGCAGCCAUUCCUGAAGCAUGGCUAACAGCAUAUCAGCUCCUGCACUUUCUCGGGCGAGUUGAGAGUGGUGAUGUAGUGCUUAUUCAUGCUGGUGGCAGUGGUGUUGGAACAGCACUGGUGCAGCUGUCACUAGUGGCUGGAGCACAGCCAUAUGUGACUGCAGGCUCAGAGGAAAAGAUCAAAAUGGCAGAGUCACUUGGAGCCAAGGGAGGCUUCAAUUAUAAGACAGGGGAUUUUUCCAACUGGAUAGAAAGUGUUACUGGAGGUAACAUAUCAUCUGUAUGAAAAGGAAAAUGAUUCACUGACAGUCUUGCAUUGAAAAUCUAGUACAAUUAAGUGUUGGCACAAGAGCGAAAGCUAUAUUUCAUUUUUGCAAAAAUCCAAUUCUAAACCCCCAGAUCGGAAAAAUUAUGAUGGGUCAGAUUGAUCAUCUGAACCAUAACAGCAGAGCUGGACUGUAAUAAAGCGUUUUUGCAUUCUAAUUUUCCUACUCCUUCGAAGAAAUAUGAAGCAAAAGAUGUCCUCUUGAUUAAUUUACAAUUAUUUUAUUACAGGAGUAUGCAAUAUUGAAUUUAGGCCACUAAGCAGUCCUUGCAUAAAUGACGGAAGUAAAACAAGAUGCGUAGUCUAACAAUUCAGAAUUCCCUUGUUUUGAAAUCGGUUACUCAAUGGCUCGCGAAAAUCCGGGAGCCAGCCAGUUUUUUCUAGUUAUUACACUUGACAGAAAAAAUUCUACAUCAUUAUUACAUUUUCAGGAAAAAGAGUGAAUGUGAUUCUAGACUGCGUUGGUAGCUCUUUCUGGGAAAAGAAUAUCAAAGUCCUUGCUGUUGAUGGUCGUUGGGUUUUGUAUGGUACACUGGGCGGAGGAAAUGUAGAGGGUAAUCUUCUUGGAGGUCUACUCAAAAAGAGAGGUUCUCUGAUAGCCACAACCCUAAAGCAUAGACCUCUUGAGGUAAAUUAUUCUUAAUAAAAAAAUACUUCUCGCGUUACAUUGCGCUCAUUGACAGGAGAACAUAGUCUAAUUCUGGGAUUCUUGCGCUUUUAAACAGUAAUCUUUUACGUUGUUCGUUAUCUUUUCGGCGUCAUCUUACGUUACAUCAUAUGCUUUCACUUUCGAUUUCUCUCUUUUUUUACUGAAGGAAGUAUGUCAAAAUCUCACUUACAAUAUAACGAACUUUGAGAGAAAAAAAACAUCUUUUUUCUGCUACAUUCGUGCCGCCUUUUUGUGCCUUUUUAUCUGUGUUUCAGAAAGCUUUUCCCCCCGCCCCGUACAACCUCCAGUCCGAAAGUGUCCUUACACUUUUGAACCAUAUAUCUCAUACACAUUGCUUGCAUAUUAGGGUACGCUUAGAAUCAGGAGUAUAUAUACAAAUUAUGCUCCAAAUUUUGUGUGCUAUUUUGUGUUUCUUGCGCACUUUCAACAUCUGUUGCCUAGCCCCAGGUGAUCUCCCUGCAAUGCACAGAUCUGUAACGACACGCCCUUUAGAUUUAUUUUUUGUUUUGUUUAUUUUGCUGUUGUUGUUAUUUUUGUUCUCGUUGUUCUUCCCAUGCUGGUAUAUUCCAAGUUUCCAAGAGCUAGUAAGACAGCAGUGAAAUUACUUGUUCCCGAAGUAUGUAUUUUCUUCUUAUUUCACAGUAUAAAGCUAAAUUGAUACGAGCGUUUACGGAAAACAGUGUUCCUUUAUUCGCCGCUGGAAAGCUGAAGACCAUCGUGGACUCAGUCCUUCCCAUGGAUCAGAUACAGCUUGCUCACGAGAAGAUGGAGUCCAACAAAAAUAUUGGAAAAAUAGUUGUUCAAAUAGCAGCACCUUGA